AUGAGAGCGUUCCUCCCCAUGCUCGCCCUGAGCACCGUCGCUCAGGCGCUCUACUUUUACAUCGACGGCUCCGUGCCCAAGUGCUUCUUCGAGGAGCUGCCCAAGGACACCAUGGUCGUCGGCACCUACACGGCCGAGGAGUUCGACGAGCAGCGCGGGGUCUGGUGGAAGCACGACGGCCUGAGCAUCUACAUCUCCGUCGACGUAAGAAGAGCCAGCGCCUUUCUCCCCCCCUCUCUCUUUCUCUCUCCUCUCUUUGAUGAUAAUACUGACCGUACGCCAAUCGCUCCGCCAAAACAGGAAACCUUCGACAACGACCACCGCGUCGUCUCCAACCGCGGCCAGGCCGAGGGCCGCUUCACCUUCACGGCCGCCGACGCGGGCGAGCACAAGCUCUGCUUCACGCCCUCGUCCAACUCGGGCCGCUCCUCGUGGCUCUCCAUCAACAACCCCAACGGCGGCGUCCGCUUCACCCUCGACCUCGCCAUCGGCGAGACGAGCGCCAUCGAGUCGUCCGACAAGUCCAAGAUCGAGGACAUCGCCGGCCGCAUCCGCGACCUCAACGCCCGCCUCAACGACAUCCGGAGGGAGCAGGUCUUCCAGAGGGAACGCGAGGCCGAGUUCCGCGACCAGUCCGAGUCGACAAACGCCCGCGUCAUCCGCUGGAUCAUCAUCCAGCUCGUCAUCCUCGGCGGCACCUGCGCCUGGCAGCUCUCCCACCUGCGGUCCUUCUUCAUCAAGCAGAAGCUCACGUAA